AUUUCCCCGUGGCACUCUUUCUCUCUCUUCUCUUUCCCCUCUCUCGAUUUAGGGCACACAAAACCAAAACUCGCUUAUUGACUCGGAACCAAAGCCCAUCACUUCUCGCUCUCGCCGAUCUGCCUCUCAGGCUAAAAUUUGAGUAUCACGAAGUGAAGCUAUUCAAUUUGUCCAUAUUUGCUUUGACUCUGAAGACUUGGGAGUGCUUUUUCUCAGCAAGGAAUGGUUUUUCACAUGACAUUUUGAUGCUCAUGCAAUGUCGGGGUUACUUAAUUCUUCUCUCAACAGUUCCGCUUCAAAUCUUCCAGACAGUUCUGGGCGAUCUUUUGCUACGUCUUUCUCUGGUCAGUCUGGUGCAGCCUCCCCUGUUUUUCAUCACUCCGGAACAAUUCAGGGGCUGCAUAACAUUCAUGGUAGCUUUAACGUUCCCAACAUUCCUGGUACACUAACAUCAAGAAACUCAGCAAUAAAUAAUGUUCCUUCUGGGGGUGUUCAACAACCUACUGGCAGCCUUUCUAGUGGACGAUUUGCGUCAAAUAAUCUUCCUGUUGCUCUCUCUCAGUUAUCUCAUGGCAGCUCCCAUGGACAUUCAGGAGUGACAAAUAGAGGAGGAAUAAGUGUUGUAGGAAACCCUGGAUUUAGUAGUAGCACAAAUGGAGUUGGCGGUUCUAUUCCUGGAAUUCUCCCAACCUCUGGUGCAAUUGGUAACCGGAAUGCUGUUCCAGGACUGGGAGUAUCCCCAAUUUUGGCAAAUGCAGGCCCUCGGAUUACGAGUUCUAUGGGAAACAUGGGCAACAUUGGUAGGAGUAUAGGCUCUGGUGGAGGAUUAUCUGUUCCUGGCCUUGGUUCUCGGCUAAAUUUAAAUGCAAACAGUGGAUCUGGAAGUUUGAAUGUGCAAGGACAAAAUCGAUUGAUGGGGAAUGUACUUGCUCAAGGUUCUCCGCAGGUAAUUUCUAUGCUAGGAAAUUCUUAUCCUGCUGGUGGAGGUCCACUUUCUCAAGGCCAUGUCCAAGCAGUAAAUAAUUUAAGCUCUAUGGGUAUGUUAAAUGAUGUGAACUCUAAUGACACACCUUUUGACCUCAAUGAUUUCCCUCAGCUGACAAGUCGUCCUAGUUCUGCUGGAGGGCCCCAAGGACAAUUGGGUCUACGAAAACAAGGUCUUGGUGUUAGUCCUAUUGUUCAACAAAACCAAGAGUUUAGCAUUCAAAAUGAAGAUUUUCCAGCUUUACCAGGAUUUAAAGGUGGUAAUGCAGAUUAUGCAAUGGAUAUGCACCAGAAAGAACAGAUUCAUGACAACGCCGUGUCUAUGAUGCAAUCACAGCACUUUUCUAUGGGGAGGUCUGCUGGAUUUAACUUGGGUGGAACAUAUUCAUCCCAUCGUCCUCAGCAGCAACAGCAACAUGCUCCAUCAGUUAGUAGCAGUGGCGUCUCUUUUUCAUCUGUAAACAAUCAGGAUCUUCUUCAUUUACACGGUUCUGAUAUAUUCCCAUCUUCACAUUCUGCCUAUCAUUCCCAGACCAGUGGGCCUCCUGGCAUUGGACUAAGACCUCUAAAUUCUCCAAAUACUGGUAUGGGAUCGUAUGACCAGCUUAUACAGCAGUAUCAACAACACCAGAACCAGUCUCAGUUUCGGCUGCAGCAAAUGUCGGCUGUCAAUCAGUCAUUUAGGGAUCAGGGCAUUAAACCCAUGCAGGCUGCGCAAUCUGCUCCAGACCCAUUUGGUUUGCUAGGCUUGUUAAGUGUGAUAAGGAUGAGUGAUCCUGAUCUAACAUCCCUUGCACUUGGAAUUGACCUGACAACACUUGGGUUAAAUUUGAAUUCAACAGAGAAUCUUCAUAAAACUUUUGGUUCUCCAUGGUCUGAUGAGCCUGCCAAGGGCGAUCCAGAGUUUACUGUGCCACAAUGCUAUUAUGCUAAACAUCCACCUGCACUACAUCAAAGUUAUUUUUCGAAGUUCACAGUGGAAACAUUAUUUUAUAUAUUUUACAGCAUGCCGAAAGAUGAAGCCCAAUUAUAUGCUGCAAAUGAACUUUACAACAGAGGCUGGUUUUAUCACAAAGAGCACAGACUAUGGUUCAUAAGAGUCCCCAAUAUGGAGCCGCUUGUAAAGACGAACACGUACGAGAGAGGAUCUUAUCACUGUUUUGAUCCGAACACAUUUGAAACGAUCCGAAAGGAUAAUUUUGUUGUCCAUUAUGAGAUGUUGGAGAAGAGACCGACUCUACCUCAACACUAACAAAUAUCCUACUUACAAUGUAAAGUUUCAGUGCGGAUUUUUUUUCAUUAUAAACCCAGUUAGUUUACAGCAUUAAUGUUUCUUGUAUCUGGCAAUUGUAAGCAAUUGUCCUAUCAAUCUUGUUGCAGUGAUCUUUAGUCUUAUCUUUUUCCUUCAAAAUAUGCUUUCUUCUUUCA